AUUCUACCCCAUCUCCAAAUUGCGAGCCACCUGGCCAAAGCUGCCCAGAACCAGCAAGUAAGACGAGAGAGCACUAGAGCACUUCUAGCGUCGUCUCCUCCGUCCAGAACGCUGUUCCCAUUCUCCUAUCUCACCCCCUCAGAUUGACCUCGCCAAAAAUGCUGACAACAGUCCAAGCCCUCGUGAAACUCUCCCGCGCCCAAUUCUGCGUCGAGCCCAUCCUCCGCACCAUCGUCGCCGCCUCCGCCUACGCCCACGACCACCACACCCCCCUCAACCUGCACUCCCUCCUGAUCACAUCCACCCUCAUCGCCCUCUUCCUCAUCGCCCUCAACUAUUACAACGACUACGACGACUACGAAGGCGACCUCGCCAACACCAAACGCGCAGACUCACCGUCGACCGGUGGCGCCGGUGUGCUUGUCGCGGGCACGUUGCCGAGAUGGUCGGCUCUCUUGGCCUCCGUAUCCUGCGUGACACUCGCAGGCGUGUUGAUCCUCACCGACCGCGCCCUGCACCCAGAGACAACACCCUUCAGGAACCAAACCCUCGUCGCCGGCCUCCUCUUCAUGGCUCUCGGCUCGCAGUACAACGCUGGCCUGCGACUCGCUUAUACACCGUUUAACGAGUUCCUAACCACCAGCACGCUCAGCAUCGGCACAUGGCUGUUUGGGUACAACACCCAAUCCCCCGACGCAUCCUUCACCCUCCCACACGUGGCAACAUCCAUCGUGAUCCUCGACGCGGUCCUGCAGUUCAGCCGCAUCCUCACAAUGAUGGUCGUCGACACCGAAGCCGACCGGUUUAUCGGUAAACUCACCUUUGCGUGCACGCUCGGCGUCAAACGCACCGCACAGCUGUACCUCAACCUCCAAUACCUCCUCGCUGCCCUCGCGGUGUACUUCGCGUACACGUCGACCAGCCCCGUGGAACGUGCGCUGGUGGGCGUGUUGGCGGCGAUCGCGGUGCCGCAGAAUUUGGGCGUGGCGAAGGAACUUGCGGCGUUGGGGGAAGGGAAGGAAGGGGCGGCGAAGGAUGCCCCGUUUGUGGUGAGUAAGGUCAUGGUGGAGACGAAUCUGGCCAUGUUGGCCGUUUUUGGGGUUAGUUGGUGGGGCGCUUGAAAUGGCGAUUGGUUAGGUUAGUGGGACCGGCUCGUUUGGGUUUUUGCGGAUUUUGGACGGCUUUGGGGAUGUUACGGGUUAUGGCGUAGACGCAAUUCAUACAAUCUUCUUCAUCACCCUUCGCAAGUGUCAAUUUGACUUUGAUAGAGUAGUUGAUAGGUUUCUUCCAAUAAACACUCACUGCAACUGCCCUCACAUCGACAACCCGCCCAUCCCGCACUGGGCGAUAAAGACAAGAUGAGGACGCGCCAGCUAUUGAACCCUUCGCUGUCUUCGGGCUCCAGGGGCUCCUCCUCGCUGACCGGCCUCUAGAUCGAUCGAUAUAGAGUCUCUGUAUAUAUGUAUGUAGAUCCAAGUGAUAUCUGCUGCCGAGCUGUUGCGUGGGAAGAUCGCGG